GUCUCCCUCUCUCCACGAACUGCCCAGGAGCGAGCAGCUGCUCCCGGUUGGCCCUGACGGACAGACAAACCAACAGUCCACCAACUAACCAGCCUGCACCUGGCUGCUUCCCCCUCCCCAGGAACAUUGACCAUGCGUCCCCUGUGGCUACUCACCUUGCUGCUGGCACUGAGCCAGGCCUUGCCCUUUGAGCAGAAGGGCUUCUGGGACUUCACCUUGGAUGAUGGGCUGCUCAUGAUGAAUGAUGAGGAGGCUUCAGGCUCAGACACCACUUCAGGUGUCCCCGACCUGGACUCUCUCACACCUACCUUCAGUGCCAUGUGUCCUUUUGGUUGCCACUGCCACCUGCGUGUUGUUCAGUGCUCUGACUUGGGUCUGAAGACUGUGCCCAAGGAGAUCUCACCUGACACCACACUGCUAGACCUGCAGAACAAUGACAUCUCUGAGCUCCGCAAGGAUGACUUCAAAGGCCUCCAGCACCUAUAUGCCCUGGUCUUGGUAAACAAUAAGAUCUCCAAGAUCCAUGAGAAGGCUUUUAGCCCUCUUCGGAAGCUGCAGAAACUCUACAUCUCCAAGAACCACCUAGUGGAGAUUCCUCCCAACCUGCCCAGCUCCCUGGUAGAGCUACGAAUCCAUGACAACCGUAUCCGCAAAGUGCCCAAGGGCGUGUUCAGCGGGCUCCGGAACAUGAACUGCAUUGAGAUGGGUGGGAAUCCCCUGGAGAACAGUGGCUUUGAACCAGGAGCCUUUGAUGGCCUGAAGCUCAACUACUUGCGCAUCUCAGAGGCUAAGCUCACUGGCAUCCCCAAAGAUCUCCCUGAGACCCUGAAUGAACUUCACCUGGACCACAACAAAAUUCAGGCUAUUGAGCUGGAGGACCUACUUCGAUACUCCAAGCUGUACAGGCUAGGCUUAGGCCACAAUCAGAUUCGGAUGAUUGAGAAUGGGAGCCUGAGUUUUCUGCCUACCCUGAGGGAACUUCACUUGGACAACAACAAGCUGUCCCGGGUGCCUGCUGGCCUCCCAGAUCUCAAGCUCCUCCAGGUUGUCUAUCUGCAUUCCAACAACAUCACUAAGGUGGGCAUCAACGACUUCUGUCCCAUGGGCUUCGGAGUCAAGAGGGCCUACUAUAAUGGCAUCAGCCUCUUCAACAACCCUGUGCCCUACUGGGAAGUGCAACCUGCCACCUUCCGCUGUGUCACUGAUCGCCUAGCCAUCCAAUUUGGAAAUUAUAAGAAGUAGAGGCAGUGGUAGCCACCAUGAUGGCCUUGGUCUCUGGCCAGUCCCUGCACAAACAAAUAUGGGGCAACUGUCUUGCUUAUUGCCCUACUCACCACUUGACCCUUCCCAGCCCUGGAGGAAGCUGGAAGGUGGAGGCCCAGAAUCCUGUCCAUAUUGUCCAGGAAAGGUUCCAUACUCUGCUAUCAAGAUGAGGAUCAGGAAGCUUCCUAGCCCCUGGAGAGGCUCAGCAGGCCACCAGAGCCCCCAGAACCAGUUUGCAUUAGCCCCUGCCCUCUCCCCAAGAUGGCUAAGUCCCCUCCCUGACCCCUGGGUCCCUGCUGUGGUAGGAGGUGGUGCUCAGUUGCACCUAGCAGAAGAGAGUGCUGCUUAUGAGGUCAGUUGUCUCUCAAUUAAAGAAACACUGUGCAAUACGA